AUGCGCUACGACGAUUGGGACGUGAUCCUCUUCCCUAAGGACUCUCAUGUACCCAUACAGGAGUUCAAGACCGCCUGCUAUGUCUCACCUGAGGAGUAUGGCCGCCAGUUGCCCACUUUGACCUCUUAUAUCAGCACUCUCCCGCCGUCCACACCGUUCCGUAUCUCCGUACACUCGUGGGCCACCGCAUCGAAAGCCUCGGCACUGAUCGAGUCUCGACGAAAGGCGAACCAGAAGGUUGUGUACACAGUUCAGGUGGUCGUUGAUGGGGCUAGAGUCUUGUGA